UGUUACACUUCAGUGAACUGAGCAGCUGAGUUGCACAGAGCAAAUCGUAAUUAACUCUUUCACACCUCAUCUCUGGCGUUCAAACUGGGGGUUGAAGGGGGACCCAGCAAAUGGCACCUUUAACUGAAAAGCCUGAUCCAAGAGAAAACCAGAACCUGGAAGUGCAGAAGACAAAUUCCUCUGGCACAAUGAGCUCUGAACAAGAAGUUGAUGUUGUGAAAACCGUGGUCAAUGGGCUGAUAUCAAGCAGCGAUGGACAAGAGCAAGCCAUUGACGUCCCUUUAUGUGCACGCUCUAUUUCUGCCGUUAAAAUAAUCCCCGUGAAGAAAGUGAAAAGUUCUCCUGACCUAAUGCUACCUACAGACAAGGAUCCCACUAAAGUCUGCACUGGAAAAGGGACCGUGACCCUACGGGCAUCUCCAGCCUCUGAGGAAAGGCCAAGUAUCAGUCCCCCAUGUUCUCAGGAUGUCCAGCAGUCAGAAACACACAUAGCUCUGGAGACAGGAAAACCAGAAACAGAUGAUUGGAGGUUAUCCUCUAAUGGAGAUAUCCAGCCAUCUUCUCUGGCUGCCAAGGGCUAUAGAAGUGUGCGUCCCAACCUCUCCUCAGAGGGCAAACCACAGGCCCUUUCCCCUCCCCGUCCUCCUCUUCCAAAAGAGGAGAGCUUUGCAUGGCACCCUCGCACUGACAUGAAAGUAACCAACCUGCUGCCAGUGCCCAUAAUGGACUGUGUGUACCUGAAUGCACCCAAGCCUUAUACACAGCAUGUGUCACCAAGUUGCAGCAGGCAGUGUUACUCCUCAUCACCUGCACCCUUUGCAACAGUCCCCAGUGAGAAGCCAUGCUUUUCCACAGGGCAUCCCCAAUCAGCCAGUUUGAUUCCCAAGGACGUGGUGCAUGCUGGGCAGUCACUUUCGGGAAGUAGCUCCUUGUUAUCAGACACUUCAUCCAAACAUCAAAACCCUGCCAGGGCAGAUCCUAGUAGUGAAGCUGGAAUGAAUUCCACGUAUGGGACUAAAGCAGAUAAAAAGGUCAGCAGUCUAUAUGUGGCUUGUUUAUCUAACAGCACUUGCUCAGCUGCAUCUGAAAAUUCCACCAGCAUUGCACAUGACCAAACAGAGAGCCCCCGUUUGGGAACUGAGGUCACUCAAGCACCAGCCACCAACAUUGUUUCCUCUGUAACAGAUGCUGGAAAAUCUCUUCCUCCCCCUCCUCCUGUCCCUCCCAGGCCAUACUUUAACAUUGUCCUCAGUAAAGACGCAGUUAGCUAUGGUAGAAGCCAUUCCUCCAGGACUCAGUCUCCACCUCCUCAGGCUGUGAGGGACAAAGUGCUAGAGCCCCAGAGUACGGCUGGCAGUGAGGACAGGAUGAGAAAGGAACCUUAUCUUACGCAGCAGCAGCAGCAGCAGCAGCAUCUGUACAAGGAUGCCAUUUCUACCACCACAGCUCAGCCUGAGAUUAUAGUAGUCCCACUCCUCCAGGUUAACACAGACAGAGAGCAAGAAGGCAGCUCCAGCACUCCGCCACCGCCUUUGGUACCUUUGGGGCAAGGUGCCACGUUCCCUGAGACCGUUCCUACUGGCUCACCUCUGACUUUUCCGACACUAGACGAUUUCAUUCCCCCUCACCUCCAGAGGGGUCCCCAACAUCACUAUCUGCCCUCCUCACCUGGCAUCUUGCCCCCAAUUUGCCAGAAACUGCCAUCAUUCUCACCGUCACCUCCACUGGUGCCUCCCGUCCCGGAGGCUUUGCACAGAGUCUUGGAGCCUGAAAUCACUGGAGUCCUCUCACGUACAGACCCGUGUCCUGUGCUAAAUGAAGUCUCCCCGCCUCGCACUGGCACCGAAUACCAAUCCUCCUUAACGUCGAUCAGCAAGCCUUCCUCCACCUAUCCCUCAACCACAAUUGUCAACCCUACUAUCGUCCUCUUGCAGCACAACAGAGAACAGCAAAAGCGGCUUAGUAGCCUGGCAGAUUCCCUGCCAGACAGACCAGUUGCUGAUAAAGUAGGCGCUGUGUCUGCACAGGAAAAGUCAGCUCAGGAUAGUGCUCAAAGUGAGAAGCCAGCAAUGGAUGAAAAGAGAAGAGCUGUCAGGAGUCCCCAGUAUAUGGCUGAUGUCUCCGUGGAUGAUGUAGGCAUUCCACUGAGGAACACAGACAGAUCAAAGGACUGGUACAAGACAAUGUUCAAACAGAUCCACAGGCUAACUAAAGAAACUCCUGAAGAAAACCCUUAUUGCCCUACCUACAAAUUCCCUGAACUUCCUGAAAUCCAGCAAACACCCGAAGAAGACAAUCCUUACUGUCCUACAUACCAGUUUCCUGCGUCUACUCCUAGUCCUAAAUCUGAAGAUGAAGAUUCUGAUUCUUACUCUCCUCAUUAUUCCUAUUCUGAAGAUACAAGAACCCAGCCCUCAGUGCCCCGGUCCAAGAGUGAGAUGGACAACAUUGACCCUGAAAAGGUUGUUAAGAGAUCUGCUACUCUGCCACUUCCAACUCGUACUUCAUCGCUGAAAUCCAGCCCAGAAAGGAAUGAUUGGGAACCCCCAGACAAGAAGGUGGAUACCAGAAAAUAUCGGGCAGAGCCAAAGAGCAUUUACGACUACCGGCCAGGAAAGUCCUCUGUUUUGGACAAUGAAAAGAUGACUCGGGAUAUAAGUCCAGAAGAGAUAGAUUUAAAGAAUGAACCUUGGUAUAAAUUCUUUUCGGAAUUGGAGUUUGGGAAACCGCCUCCAAAAAAGAUAUGGGAUUAUACUCCUGGAGAUUGCUCUAUACUUACUAGGGAGGAUAGAAAGACUGAUCUAGAAAAAGACAUUUACCUCUACCAGACUGAGUUAGAGGCAGAUUUAGAACAAAUGGAGAAGCUUUAUAAAGCACCAGAUAAAAAGCCACCGAAGAGUACAGCAAGCAGCACUCCUCUGGAAACGUCCUCAGACCACUCAUCUUACUCAGCAUAUUUACCCAGCUACCAGGCAGCAAGGAGAGAGCUGGAACCAGCGCCAGCAGACACUGCUGGCUUGGAGAAUGAAAGGCAAAUUUACAAAAGUGUGCUGGAAGGUGGUGAUAUCCCGCUGCAGGGGCUAAGCGGUCUCAAGCGUCCUUCUAGCUCUGCUUCUACUAAAGUGGAUCGUAAAGGUGGGAAUGCUCAUAUGAUUGCACCCUCUUCAGUUAAUAGCCGAACCUUUAACGCUAGUCAUACCAGUAUGUUAGGUCAUGCAUGUACACAUAAGAAGCCCUUAUCAGCUGCAAAAGCCUGCAUUACUGAAAUCCUCCCUUCCAAAUUCAAACCCAAACUAGCUGCUCCUGCUGCUCUUGUGCAGGACACAAAGGGUAUCCUGCUGCCUCAUGAAAAAGCGCAAAGCUGUGAGAACCUUCGUAGCUCCAGUGCCUUGUUUGAUAACAAAAAAGCUUUCCUGGUCAAUGUAGGGGAAAGUGUAGAAAACCUUCUCAUGCAAUCGAAGCAGGAGUAUGUCACCAAAUCCAGCAGCACUCUGAGCCUGCAGGAGUACAGCACCAGUUCUAGGAAGGGUUACCUUCCCAGGAAGAGUGGGAUGGAGUUUACAAUGUUGUAUAAAAAUAUGCAUCAGAUCAACAGGUCCAGGAUCCACCUGGGCACCAUCUCAUCCUGCAGCGUGAGGGAUAUUGCAUCCCAGUUUGAGAACGAGCUGAGGGACAGGAGUGAGCAGAGCUCCGGUGGGGAAAAUUCGGAGCAAAUCCCCAAAGACACUGUCUCAUCCCGCAUUACCGCCUUUGAGCAGCUGAUCCAGAGAUCCCGGUCCAUGCCAGCUCUCAACUUCUCCAGUGGACAAAGCAAAUCGCCCACCUCUCCCCAGUCUAAGAGCUGCCUGAGCUCGGCCUAUUCAGCAGAAUCCCUCCUGGAGUCGCCAAAGCCAAACCAAGAAGAAAAGGAUGCUGCCAACAUGGCCAACAACUCCUCUCGCUCCUGCAGUAAUGUGGAGGACUUGGCGUCAGAUCUCAGUGACAUUGUCCCCAUGGACACACUCUCGGCUUGCACGGACGAGACUGAUCUCCAGUCCAACGCAUCCAACGACAGUGGCGGCAGCCUCAGCCAUGCCAACGGGCCCCAGAAAUAUAAAUUAAACAAAUGCAAAGGAGCUUGCCCAGCUUCCUACACCAGGUUCACCACCAUUCGUAGGCACGAGCAACAGCAAGCCUCCAAGAAUCCCAGUUCCAAAAGGGAUGCCCACGGGGACAGGCACGCGCUCCCGAGAAAUGUCUAUCUGAUGAGCCCACUUCCCUUCAGAUUGAAAAAGCCCUUCCAGCACAGCCCCAGAAAGACUCCUCCCCCGGAUUGCCUGGGAGUCCCACUAGUAUAUAGCACUGAGAACCAGAAUAAUGCAGCUCAGCCACGAGGAUGCCAGGCGGAAAAGAGUCACCACUCCCUGCACAAACUGUGCUGUGAAGAAAGACCUCUGGCCCCCAAGCGCCUGUCUUCCUUUGACAUUGUGGAAAGGCUUAGCCAUUUCCCCAGCAUGGAAUCCAGUCCAGAAAGUGCCAUUCUCCGAGCUGAUACGCCAGACUCCUUUAAUAAUGGGAAUAUUGUUCCAUGUGCUUUCUAUCACAGCUUGGAUAGAAACAACAACUCGCAAAGCGAACUCAGGACAUACCCUGGAGAUUCAGAAUCACCAAGGCAUUUUGCACCAGUCGAUUACAUGGAAACUCCAGAAGAAAUUACUCGUAGACGUCAUGAUGAUAAAGAGAAACUUUUAGAGGACCAGAGACGACUUAAACGUGAGCAAGAAGAAGCUGAUAUUGCAGCUAGAAGGCACACAGGGGUUAUUCCAACGCACCAUCAGUUUAUCACUAAUGAGCGGUUUGGGGACCUCCUAAAUGUAGACGAUACAGCAAAGAGGAAAUCUGGGUCAGAGAUGAGACUUGCUAGAGCCAAGUUUGACUUCAAAGCACAGACACUAAAGGAACUUCCUCUUCAAAAAGGAGACAUUGUUUACAUUUACAAGCAGAUUGACCAGAACUGGUAUGAAGGAGAACACCAUGGCAGAGUCGGCAUCUUCCCACGCUCCUACAUAGAGAUACUUCCGCCCGCUGAAAAAGCCCAGCCCCAAAAGCUUGCCGCAAUGCAAGUAUUGGAGUAUGGAGAUGCUGUUGCUAAAUUUAACUUUAAUGGGGAUACUCGAGUGGAAAUGUCAUUCAGAAAGGGCGAAAGGAUCACGGUGAUUCGGCGAGUUGAUGAGAACUGGUAUGAAGGGAAAAUCUCUGGCACCAACCGCCAAGGCAUCUUCCCUGUCACUUAUGUGGACGUGCUCAAGCGGCCACUAGUGAAGAAUGCUGUUGAUUACCCUGAGCUGCCGAUGUCUCACUCCCCUAAUCGCAGCACAACGACUUCCCCGCAGUCUCCUGGCUCUGAGCUGCUCCAUACACCAACUCCUCCACCUUUGCCUUUCUCACGCCACACCCUGUCUCCAGAGGUGCAGGCAAUCACGACGGAGUGGAUUUCCCUGACUGUGGGAGUGUCUCCUAGCAGUACUCCUGUCAUAACCCCUCCAUUGCCUCCUGUCCCCGAAGACUGUCUCUGUCCCAUCGACUAUCUCUCGCCCUCAGCUGCAGCCAGCCCCUCCCCCUCUGUUAGCCUUCACCAUUCUAACCUUUCGGGCUCCUCCACACCACUGUCCAUUAUAUCCGCACUGCCAUCUUUCCCCUCCAGGCCACCGUCCUCUGCUCACACUUUCAGUCAUACCACUCCGCAAAGUGAAGAAAAGUUUUUUGGCUGCCCUUCCCCCAACCUGAGCAGCUGUCAGACCCCUCACUCGGUUGUUGGGAGACCCGAGAGCUUCCUCUCCGAGCUCAGUGACGUCAUUGGUAACCAAACCAAGGUCCGAAAUAAUAGAGAAGGCCACAGAAACAGUGAGAGGGAGGGUUGGAAGGAGACAGACAAAGGCUCUAAUCUCAUGCCCCAGACCUCUGUGGAGGGUUGCCUGAAAACAUCAAAUCUAGACAAGAGUAUGAGCCCAGAAAAGAGACCCUUUGCUUCCUUUGGGGAAAGCCAAUUAUGUCAGGAGCUAAUCACUACUGGGCAGGGAAAUAAUGCUGAGAAAAGAGGCACAAGGACAGGUGAACUGAGAGAGAUUCGAAGCAGAGCAAACAAGACUGCAGACACUUCAUUCUCUUCAUCUGCUCUUCUCUCUUCCUCUGCACUUUCUUCCUCUGCUGUCACAAUACAACCACCUCCUAGACUUACACGCAGGGUCAGAAUGCCCCAGCCUUCUCACCAUUCACUGAGAGCAGGACCAGAUCUCACAGAGUCUGAAAAGAGCUAUGUGGAAGCAGUUUGCAAUGAGAUCAUAAACAUUGCAGAAAAGUCUGUUCAUUACUGCAGUGCUAUUUCUCAACCUCUUGACUCUCUCCACACGGUGGCCUCUAAUGACAAUAAACCAUCUCUAAUCAUUUCUCAGCAACCUCAAGCACAUCAACAAGGAGCCAGCCCUGACAGGAGUCAAACACCAGGAGACAUACUUAGCUACCAAGCCCUGUACAGCUAUAUUCCCCAGAACGACGAUGAGCUGGAGCUAAGGGAUGGAGAUAUUGUAGAUGUCAUGGAGAAAUGCGAUGAUGGCUGGUUUGUGGGUACGUCUCGGAGAACAAGACAGUUUGGCACUUUCCCAGGCAACUACGUGAAACUGCUGUACCUUUAAAACAAUCAUGCGCCUGCAACGCUGAUUAGUAUGCUUUGUUACCAGACAACAUUUAAGUAGCAAAGACCUUUGAAAUCAGAAAAUUUAUUAAUGUAAUAAACAGAAGAUGAGAAGUGGAAUGGGGAUGUGGUUAUGUGGUACAGUUCUGGGUUGAAUGUGCAGGUCUGGGUCUGAGUGACGCUGGGCUUACUGUUCUUGUUUGCUGAAGGAAAGAGACAAAGUUUCUAGUUUACAAUGCUGCCUUUGUGUUAUUUGCCCCUCCUCCCCAAGAGUUCUGAGGACAGAGCUUAGUUUUCAUUCUUUUCAUUGAGUACUUACCUCUGAGACAGAGUUGGGGGAAGCAGCAGAAUAGAGUGUGCGAUAGGUUUUGCUUGUGUGAGAGAAAAAGCAAUGGGAACUGUGAUGCAUUGGAGCAACAUGCAGCUCUGCAGCUGCUCCCUCUCUAUAACUGGGGGAGGCUUUCUCUGAGAUUACCCCCAUCUGCAAGGUAAUUUUCACUCUGCCUCCCACUUUCAUUCUCAAUUCUUUCUUUGUGAUGUGCACCGUAACGUACAUGGCAGGCAGAGAACGGUUUUAUGUGGUUAGACUAGGUAGCACUCUAUCAAAUGGGGAGGGGCUUUGAACUGACAGUUUAAUCCAGAGCAAUCAGCCAAAAAAAUACCCUCAACUUUGGUAAUAUUCUGCUUCAUAAUAUCCACCCCUGCAGGUUUUUCUGUGUGUGUGUGUAUAUGGGUGAGCGUAUUGUGUGCAUAGAAACGAACAGGGUUACAAUUUCCAUGAGGAAUCAACCCAGAUUUUAUAAAAAUGGAACACAAAUAACGGAGAAUGUAGGGGGCACAGAUCCUGUUUGCAAAUCCCAUGGCUGUUUCCCCCCUAAAUGUUGCUCUGAAUAACUGCACACAUUUUGAAGUGUACUCUUUGCAAUAAAGAAUUUAUUUUUUUCCUGGUAUUCUAUUGUAGACAUUCGGAUAGAUGCUAGCAAAAUAUUACUGAGCUUGCUUUUUUUUUGGUGGUGGUGGUUCUUGAUUAAACACACGCAUUUUGGCUGCCUCCUAAUGAAACUAGCAAGACAAACCAAUUUGUAAAGCUGUGUUUAAACAGCUACUACCAGCUGCAUAUAUUUGUACUUUUUUGAAAAAACACAGCUUGCCCACAUACUUGCCUGUAAGUCAAAAAUGAAUGCUCUUUUUGAUAGAAAUUCUAUUUCAAAAAGAAAAAAGUCUAGAUAAAACCAGUUGCAUCAGACUGCUUCCUACAUUUCCAGUACAAAUAGCAAAAGUUUAGAUUGCUAUUUUGGCAUCAGCCAUAUUUAAUAAUAGAAAAUGCCUAUUUUUAUGCCGAUGCUUUUAUACAAACUGAUUAACAGUAACUGCAACUAACUGACUGUUAGCAUGACUUGCAAUACGUUUUGAUAAAUUAGCCAUACUCCUGGGUUUAAAAACACUUAUCUUUCGCUGAGAUCAACGGAAGAGAAGACUUAAAGUGCUUCGGAAGUAUGAUUGUAAAUAUGUAUAUUUAACUUUGUACAGACAAUGUACUUACCUUGUAUAGAAAAAAAUAAUUUAAACAAAAUGAAUGGAAGGAGGAAAAAAGGCAGUUAUGAAAGGUUGUUCUUUUUUCAUUUUUAUUUAAAUGAAGGAAUUCUAUGUAAGCUCACAUGAAGAGUGUUAGCACAAAAUAUCCACUCUAAACCAGAUACAAAUACAACACAAAGCACCAUUAUAUUUUUGUGCAGGAGUGGGGGUAACUUCAAUCCUUAUCUUAUUUAUGGUUUUUGAUUUUCUGCUUUUGAGUUGCAUUCUUGUUAUCUGCGGCAAUGUUUAGACCUAUUGCUAGGACUGGAUCACACCUAAUUAAUCUAGCCAACAAAGUAACAUGAUGAUAUUGACUGUCUAUAACGAACUCAUUUAAAGGUUUAUUUUUGUUGCUGUUGCCAUUUUUAGUUAUAUACACACACAAACACACACAAACCGCAAUUUAUUUUUGUGUUGAUUUUGGUUCCUUAUUGCAGUGGAUGAUGAUUUGACAAUAAAUUGAAGGGCUGAAUUA